AUGGAUCUUUCGUCUGCUGCUUUGAGUUUGGUCGACGCUGUUCACCUCCUUGCAGACACCACCUCUACUGCAACCGUCUAUGUGACCGCGUACACGACUUUCAUUGCCCAACCAACUACAUUCACUUUCAACGAUGCUACAUACACUGUGACAGGACCUACUACGUUGACAAUCACUGAUUGUCCUUGCACUCUUGCUGGAACUGCCGCACCGGCCCAGACUUCUGCACCCUCAUCGUCAGGUUCUGUGUCUGCUUCAUUGUCUGCUUCUGAUCCCGCUGCGUCGUCCGCUUCUGCUCCCGCUGCGUCGUCCGCUUCUGCUCCCGUUGCAUCGUCAGGUUCUGUGUCUGCUGCAUCGUCCGCUUCUGCUCCCGCUGCAUCGUCAGCUUCUGCCCCCGCUGCAUCGUCAGCUUCUGCCCCCGCUGCAUCGUCAGCUUCUGCCCCCGCUACAUCGUCAGCUUCUGCUCCCCCUGCAUCGUCAGCUUCUGUGUCCGCAGCAUCGUCUGCCCCUGCGUCAAUCGAAGCCACUGCAACAUCCCCUCCUUCCUCUUCUGCUCCCGCUGCAUCGUCAGGUCCUGGGUCCGCAGCAUCGUCUGCGACAUCCGUCCCUUCCUCUUCUGCAAACGAGGAAAUUGUUACGGUGACCACGUUAUUUACCACCUACUGUCCCGAACCCACGACGUUUGUGUACAAUAACCAAACCUACACCGUCACUGAGGCCACGACAUUGACCAUUACCAGCUGCCCUGAGUCUGACGUUACCAUCACUACCACGGUUUGCCCCGAGACAAAGGGACCCGUCAACUCCUCCACAGCUCCUCAACCGCCUGCCACUUCUACUAAGGCUCGUCCCUCCCCCACCACUACCUGCACCACCCCUCAGCCCAAGCCUAAUACCUCGAAACCUGUACCCGGACCUGCGUCCACUUCUUGUGAAACUGCACCUGCUCCUGCCACCACUUCACCUGAAUCCUCGCCCCCACCCGCGACCUCUGCUGCGCCUGGAACUUCAGAGUCCUGCAUUGAACGACCAUCCUCUGCAGCUCCUCCCGUGGUUGUUUCCAGUUCCGCUCCUGCGGUGGUUCCUGUUCCUUCUGCUUAUGGAACCGCUGUUGUUCCCGCGAAUGCUGCUAGUGCCCGAUUUGUCGGUGCCAGCACUCUUAUCGCGGCUGUCGUCGCAUAUUUACUGUAA